GUCAACAGUCGAAUAAGCACAGUUCACCCAGAUCUAACACAGCAGCUAAUUUAGUUUGAAACAAUGGGCUCUAAAAUUUUCGCCGCACUCUUAUGUUGCUUCGCACUAGUGGUGGUCAGUGCCUUGCCGUAUGGUCAUCAUGAACAUGAACAUGAGGAUCACAGUGCUACCAGUCACGCUUCGGUGCAUUUAGUCUCACACGACGAUCAUCACGAUCACCAUGAUCACCAUGAUGACCACGGUCAUUACGAUCAUCACGAACAUCAUGGACACGAUGAUGGUCAUGACUCACAUGCUGAGUAUCACUUCACUUAUGGCGUUAAGGAUAAGAAAACAGGCGAUAUCAAAGAGCAAAGCGAACACCGUCAUGGCGAUAAGGUAUCCGGACAUUAUGAACUGAUCGAUGCGGAUGGCCACAAGAGGACUGUACAUUAUACGGCUGAUAAACACAGCGGUUUCCAUGCCGUAGUACACCGUGAGCCCACUCACCAUCAUGUCGCUGAUCAUGGACACACUAGCUACCAUGGGGGACAUGCUGAGGUCGAAUCGCACGAUGGUGGACAUGAUCAUGGUCAUGAUUACGGACACGGUUAUGGACAUGGUCAUGAACAUGGUCACGGUCACGGCAGUCAUUCCAGUGGCUUCUCGAUUAAACAAGAACAUGGUCAUGCCUUCCAUCAUCAUGGUGAACAUGGUCAUUAGAUGGUUUAGCUGCUCACAAUUAUAACGGAUACUUGUUGUUUUUAUAUAAAU